GAUGGCGCUGACGUCUUUGUUUCGCGUCGCCAUUGUGCCUGAUUAUCUGCGUAGGUUAUCUCGUAUGUGAACGUAUUAUUUGAUCGUUUACAGUAGUUAAUAUCUUGGAGACGCAAAUUUUUCGCAUCAGAUGCGAAUAUAGUGUAAUUGGAACACUUGCAAAUCAUGACGACUACAUCGGAUGUACAGCAACCCGAUUAUGGAAAGUAUCAGCAAAUGCAGAGAUUGGAAUUGACACGAGAAGAGAUAAUGGCCUGGCAAACAUGUAUGAAAAACUCUAGCGUCUUAAUGCCAGGACUUCUUGGUGCAGCCAUCGGAUAUGGAGCAUUUAGAGUAACUCCGCUUCACGCUCGUGCGAAAUAUGCCGCUAUAGUUGGCGGUCUGUUUGGUUUAAUAACGGGUAGAAUAGCUGUUUCUCAGAUGUGCCUAUCAAAAAUGAUGUCUUCAAACGGUUCUAUUAAGGAUAGAUUAAUAGAAGCAGGCUAUUAUGGAGAUAGACCUAUGAGACAAAGGCAGCAAGGCUUUCAAUCAUUAGAUGUACAACGUGAAAUUCGGGGCUCGGAAGAACCAUCCACAGAAAUAGUAUUCAACGAUUAUCCGUCAAUGGGCGCACAUGAUACAUAUUCUAGUUUUAACAAUAGCAGUGAUUUCCAAAUCUCCGAGGAGACGGAUCUACCUGUACCGACCCUGCAAAAAGACGUCAGUUACGACGAGUUGAGGCACAAAAAUAGGGAUGAGUUCUAUAAGAAAAAUCAACAAUGGUAUACUCCUAGAACGCCAGAAAGACCCCCGUUAGCGAACGAGACAAAUCAACGGACUCCUACGAGCUCCCACAGCAGCACUCCAUCGAUGCAGGAGAAAACUAAAUACGGUGACGUGUGGGGUUAAAGUUAAAUCGCUAAAACUUGUAAUUUUUUUCACCGUGUAUUAUGAAUAUUAUGUGUAUAUAUGUAGAUUACAUUUCGAAUUGUGUGAAUAAGAUUUGGAAAAGUUAUUAUAAAAGUUAGUAUAAAAAUUUUAAAA